UUUUCCAGAGAAAUCGAUUUGACGGCGACGACGCGCCUCCGUUGUCUGCGACGGUCACUCUCUCUCUCUCUCUCUCUCUCGCCUCGCCGUGCUCAGCUCCGUCGGCGUCGGGGCGUCGCCAUGGCUCGGGCUCCGACCAAGCACGGCCGCGAUCAAGCUCUGGAUUUCCAGGGAUUUUUGAAUGACUUGCAGGAUUGGGAAGUUUCACUCAAGGACAAGGACAAGAAGAAAAGACCCGACAAGGAAUCACUGUCAUCGGCGAGAGGAUAUCCUAGUGUGGAUAAAAAAUCAGGAAUCAAUCUCGGUAAUAGCACAAAGAGUCUGGGAGGUAGAUUCUCAAUGGAAGAGUCUGUUCCAGAUGCUGCUUCAGAAAAAGAACUGGGCAAUGAGUUCUUCAAGCAGAAGAAAUUUAAUGAAGCUAUUGAUUGCUAUUCAAGAAGCAUUGCAUUUUCACCAACUGCAGUAGCUUAUGCAAAUAGGGCGAUGGCCUAUCUCAAGAUCAGAAGGUUCAAAGAGGCUGAGGAUGACUGCACAGAGGCCUUAAAUUUAGAUGAUCGAUACAUAAAAGCAUACUCACGCCGAGCAACAGCAAGGAAAGAACUUGCAAAAUAUAAAGAAUCGCUUGAGGAUGCUGAGUUUGCUCUUCGGUUGGAGCCACAGAAUGAAGAAAUCAAGAAACAGUAUUCAGAUGCAAAAUCUUUGUAUGAGAAAGAGAUUCUAAAGAAGGCAACCGGGGCAUUGAGAAGCUCUCUUCAAGGUCCUCAGAAAUCAGGGAAAUCAGAAAAUGGACGUCACAUCCACUCAUCCUCUGUCAGUAACCAGCGGACUGAAGCUGCUACAGUUCAAGAUCAUAGCAAGGAGAACAAUGGGCCAGUGUCCUUGAAGUCUUCCGUCCACAUUGAGGAAAUAAAAAGCAAAAGCAUUAGAGCUAGAAGUGAAGAUGACUCCAAGAAGACUUUUAAGGAUGUCAAUGAUUCUGUUGCAGAGAAAUCUAAGGGACACGAGAGAACUGGAAAGCAGGAGCUGAAGGCAUCAGUGCAAGAUCUUGCAACUAGAGCAGCUUCUCGAGCUAUGUCUGAAGCAGCUAAAAAAAUCACCCGACCAAAUUCAGCCUAUCAGUUUGAGGUUUCUUGGCGAGGGUUCUCUGGCGAUCGUUCUCUACAAGCUCGUCUAUUAAAGGUUACUUCUCCAGGUUCUUUGCCACAGAUAUUCAAGAAUGCACUCUCUGCUCCUUUACUGGUUGAUAUCAUCAAGUGUAUAGCCACAUUUUUCACCGCGGACGUAGAUUUGGCUGCUAAUUACUUGGAUAAUUUGACGAAGGUCCCAAGAUUCGAUAUGAUAGUCAUGUGUCUUUCGUCUGAAGAUAAAGCUGAUCUUCUCAGACUAUGGAAGGAAGUAUUCUGUAGCGAGGCUACUCCUAUCGAGCAUGCAGAGACUCUUGAUAAUCUCCGCGCCAAAUACUGCCUUAAGCAGUGAGAUAUAUUCUAAGACAUUUUGGAGCUGAGAAGUUUUUCCUUUUGAAGCUUCCCCCCACUUGUUUGUAAUCUCUAGAGAAAUCUUCUUUUUCCUUUGCUUUGUUCUUUUUGCCCAAGAAGCUUCAGAAGAUCGAUGUAAGUUGUGAGAUUCAACAUGUAAAGAUGGUACCUUUGCCGUUACGCCGUGUAGAGGUGAUUGUUAGUAUAUGAUUUCGUAUUGACUCGACAUGCUGGCUGGGUUCGUAUAUACGUAUGGAAAUGUGUGCAUGGAUCUUAAUACCA